AUGGACCCCAAAGCCACGCUGUACGGAGCGAUGCUGUGGGGCUCCUGUGGGGCUCCUCGAGUGCCUCCCCCGUUCCUCAUCUCCCCUGUCACGCCAUGCUGCUGCUCUCGUAUUUGUCAGCUCCUGGAGCGGCAGCCAAAAGACCAGGCAGUUACUGUCAGUGCAGGCAUUUGCUUGGGGAUAUUUGACUGCAAUUUUGAAUCUCCUUGUGAGCUGGAAUAUUCCCUUUCCUCAAAAGAUCAGGAAACCUCCAAUAAUGCCUGGCUCAGAGUGAGCGCAGAGGAGAUUUCACAGCUAAACAUCCCGGAUGGGCUGGAGAGAGAUCACUCUGAAAAUACACCUAAAGGUUCAUUUCUGUUUCUCAAUGCAUCGGAGAGGCCAAGCCCUGUCAUCCUGAGCCCUUGGCUGAGAAGCAGCAGUGACCAAUGCGUAGUUCAAGUGGCUGUUUAUAAAUUUUACCAGCAGAAUGGAGAAUACAUUGCUCAUGUCCUUCCCAUUGAUGAAAGCAGCAGUGAAAUGUUAUCAGUGGAUAGUUCAGAGAAACAUGGAUGGGUGUUGCUUCAAAGGAGAGUUGGACAUCUAGAGAAACCAUUUCGGAUCUCACUGGAGUAUGUUGCUAAUGGGAACAAGAGCGUAGCGGCUGUGGAUUCCUUUGCAAUGAAGAACUGCAGUACAGGAUCUGCUUCUGGCUCAAAAAUGGCUCUGGAGGGUUCCUUCAGCUGCUGGAAUGGAACGGCAAUCAGACUGGGGCAGGCAUGUGACUUUAUCAGGGACUGCGCCGAGGGAGAAGAUGAGGGAGAUAUGUGCAAAAAUCUUCCCUCUGGCUUUUACUGUUCGUUUGAAGAAGGAGACUGUGGCUGGAUGCAGGGCUCUUCUGUGUCUCAUCCUUCUGCAUGGCGGAUUGGAAGCCCGGAGCACAACCGUUUUCCUUCAAUAGAAGGUUGUGCACUCCUCCUUAACACCAGCAAAGCACCAGCAGUAGCAAACACUGUCAUGACCAGCACUACAUUUCCAGCUCCUUUGAGGAACUCCCCCUGCGAGCUACGAAUGUCAUGGCUCAUCCAUGGUGUCUUGCUGGGAAAUGUAUCCCUGGUGCUGGUGGAGAACAAGACAGGAAAGGAACAGAGCCGAAUGUUCUGGCACUCAGAUAGCAGCGAAGGUUUGGGAAUAUGGCAGUGGAUGAUCUUACCUCUCCCAGAUAUACUGGAUAGGUUUUGGUUUCAGAUCAUCGCUUCAUGGGAAGAAGGAUCUGAUGCCAUUAUUGCUUUUGACAAUGUCUCCCUUAGUCUGGACUGCUAUUUAACAAUCAAUGGAGAGAAGACACAUCGAGUUACUACUCCAGACUCAAGCAAUUUGUUCACCAGUAGAGGUGGCCAGAAGAAGUUUGGAUGGGAACAAAAGCUGCUGGGAAAUCUCCAACUCAACACUGCCCCCAUUUCUGGUCCAGCAGAUCACUGGUUGUUCACAACAUGUGGUGCCAGCGGACCCUAUGGCCCCACACAGAGCCAAUGCAAUGAUGCCUACAGGAACUCCAACCUCAGUGUGGUUGUAGGAGCUGAAGGGAUUCUCCAAGGCAUUCAGAUCUGGAGAGUACCAGCAACCAACACCUACAGCAUCUCAGGCUAUGGAGCUGCUGGUGGGAAAGGAGGAAAGAACACCAUGGUGCGGUCCCACGGCGUGUCUGUGCUGGGAAUUUUUGACCUCCAGAAGGAUGAUACUUUGUAUAUCUUGGUGGGACAGCAAGGAGAAGAUGCUUGUCCUAGUACUAAUGAUGUUGUACAGAAAGUCUGCAUUGGAGAGAACAAUGUGAUUGAAGAAGAAAUACGGGUGAACAGAAGUGUCAAUGAAUGGGCAGGAGGAGGUGGAGGCGGGGGAGGUGCAACUUACAUCUUUAAGAUGGAAAAUGGAGAGCCGGUCCCCCUGAUAAUUGCAGCAGGAGGUGGUGGCAGGGCCUACAGGGCCAAAACAGACACAUUUCAUCCAGAAAGGCUGGAGAACGAUUCUUCUAUUCCAGGGUUGAAUGGAAAUUCAGGAGCUGCAGGUGGUGGAGGUGGCUGGAAUGAUAACACUUCCUUCCUGUGGUCAGGAAAAUCUUUGCUGGAAGGUGCUACUGGAGGAAGAUCCUGCCCCCAGGCCAUGAAGAAGUGGGGGUGGGAGACAAGAGGGGGUUUCGGAGGGGGUGGAGGGGGGUGCUCCUCAGGUGGAGGAGGCGGAGGAUAUAUAGGUGGCAAUGCUGCAGUGGACAAUGACCCAGAGAUGGAUGGGGAGGAUGGUGUGUCCUUUAUUAAUCCAAUUGGUACUUUAUACACUCCAGCGCUUAAAGUGACAGAGGGGCACGGAGAGGUGGACAUUAGGCUGCAUAUUAACUGCAGUCACUGUGAGAUGGACGAGUGCCGUGUUGAUCUUGAGACUCAAAAAGUCAUUUGCUUUUGUGAGCCAGGCACAGAGUUGGCUGAGGAUGGUGUGUCUUGCAUAGCUGAGCCAGUUGUUCAUCUCCCCCUCUCCUUGGUCUUGUCUGUAGUAACUUCAGCAUUGGUGGCUGCUUUGAUUUUGGCUUUUUCAGGAAUCAUGAUAGUAUAUCGUCGGAAGCACCAGGAGCUACAAGCCAUGCAGAUGGAGUUACAGAGCCCAGAAUAUAAACUGAGCAAGCUGCGUACCUCCACUAUCAUGACAGACUACAAUCCCAACUACUGCUUUGCAGGAAAGACCACAUCCAUUAGCGACCUCAAAGAGGUGCCUCGAAAAAACAUCUCCCUCAUCCGGGGUUUGGGCCACGGAGCCUUUGGUGAGGUAUAUGAAGGUCAGGUGGCAGGGAUCCCCAGCGACCCCACUCCCUUGCAGGUGGCUGUGAAAACCUUGCCAGAAGUGUGUUCGGAGCAAGAUGAGCUGGACUUCCUCAUGGAAGCUCUCAUUAUUAGCAAGUUCAACCACCAGAAUAUUGUGCGCUGUAUCGGGGUGAGCUUGCAGGCACUGCCCCGUUUCAUCCUGCUAGAGCUCAUGGCUGGAGGUGACCUGAAAUCGUUCCUGAGAGAGACGCGGCCUCGACCGAAUCAGCCCUCCUCCCUUUCCAUGCUGGACUUGCUCCACGUGGCUCGUGACAUUGCCUGUGGGUGUCAGUACCUGGAGGAGAACCACUUCAUUCACAG